GCACAGUUUUGGUCCGCCUACGUUCCCUGUGAUGCGGCACAGCUAAACGCAGUUCAACUUUCUCUAGAACAAAUCGACGUAAUUCGUCGGCUCGCCGAGAUGAAUGCUCAACACUUAACUUUGGUUACUUCUGUCAAGGGCCUGAUCGAGGCACAUCGCGAUGGAAAAAUUGCAAGUCUGAUAGGAGUUGAAGGUGGUCAUUCUCUUGGGAACUCCUUGGGCGUUCUCAGAACGUUUUAUGGCCUGGGGGCACGAUAUCUUACUUUGACACAUGCUUGUGACACUUCCUGGGCAGUAUGUUCAGUUGGCGAAACGAAUAACACUCAAGAUGAGACACCUGGGCUCAGCGAAUUUGGAAAGGCGGUGGUAAGGGAAUUGAAUAGGUUGGGCAUGCUGGUGGAUCUCUCUCAUGUUUCCACAAGGACGAUGAGAGCAGCACUGCAAACGACCAGGGCACCAGUGAUUUUCUCUCACAGUGCGGCAAGGGCACUCUGUAAUUCCAGUAGAAAUGUACCGGAUGACGUACUCAGGAAUCUAGCAAAAAAUGGUGGAGUAGCGAUGGUUCCGUUUUAUACGUAUUUCAUAACGUGCAACAACACCGCCACCAUUAAGGAUGUUAUUGCGCACAUUAAUCACAUACGAAAGGUGGCGGGGAUCGAUCACGUUGGGAUAGGAGCUGGCUUCGAUGGAAUAAAUUUCACUCCUACUGGCCUGGAAGAUGUAUCAAGAUACCCUCAAUUACUGGCGACGCUGUUAGAGGAUCCAUCGUGGACCGAAGAAGACAUCAAAAAAUUAGCUGGCCUCAAUUUACUAAGGGUAUUCGCUAAAGUCGAACAGGUACGCGAUGAAUGGCACAGAGCUGCGGUUUUACCAGUGGAUAAAAUUAGUCCACCAGAUAAUUCGGCCUGUGCAUACGGAGCAUCCUGAUCCUCUUCCUUACGUGCGUUGACAUCAGGAUAUUUGGAGUUCAUACGAUCGUCGAAAAUACGACAUGCCUUGCGCUUCUAUAAGACCUAUUAAGAAGUGCAAACAUAGGGGAAGAAAAGAAAAGAAAAGAAAAGAAACCGAGAGUUUGUUCCUUUAUGAAAAAGAAAAAAAAAACAAAAAAAAAACCAAAAAAAAAACUCCUUCCUGGUCUUCCAAAGACCCUAUCGCGCCUUAAUGGAAAAAAAAAAAAAGAAAGAUUGAUGGUUAUUACAUAAUCUGGGGAAAAAAAAAAAAGAAAAAAACACCUUCAGAACAUGUACGUUUCCUCUGUCAACGACUAUCACUUUCUAUUUCCUUUACUUAAAAUAUAAUACGACGAAUACAUAGUGAGAUUUUAUUUUAAUUUUCAUCAAUUUUCACGUGUGAGUUAUCUUCUUUUAUAUAUAUAUAUAUAUAUAUAUAUAUAUAUAUAUAUAUAUAUAUAUAUAUAUAUAUAUGUACAUAUAAAUAUACAUACGUAUACAUUUAAAUCACGUAGAAAAUUCUUCUAACAAAAUGCUCACACACAUUUGAUAACAUUUUAUUAAUACGUUCUGAAGGUGUAUUAUAUACAUGUGUAUAUGCAUGCAAGGAUCAAUGUCCUUUCGUGAAUGACUUCCAUAGAUGCGGACAAUCGACAAUGACAGAAUCAUUUUUUUUUGAGAGAAAGAGAAAGAGAGAGAGAGAGAGAGAGAGAGAGAGAGAGAUAGAGAGAGAGAGAGAGAGAUAGAGAGAAAGAGAGAAAUGAACCAGCGCCAGGCCCGGCGAUUUUAAAAAGAGUCUGAGACUAAUGAUUUUUUUAUACUUUUAUCUUCGAGUAAGUAAUCCAAUAAGCUCUGCGACGAUGAGAAUCUAAUCUACAUGUAAUUGGUAGGAUACACGCGAUAUAUUCGAUUUCUGUGCGUAAGGAAUUUUACGAAAAAUCAAUUCGAACGUAAAUCAAUUCGUAUAUAUAUAUAUAUAUAUAUAUAUAUAUAUAUAUAUAUAUAUAUAUAUACCUACGUAUUGCAAUAAGAAGAAAGAAUUUAUUUGUAAUAUUUCUCAAAGUUAACUUCUUCUUAAUUUUUCUACUGCCGGGAAGGAUCAUUAGAAAUACCAUUAAUACGUGCAAUACAAGGUACAAAGUUUGACCAGUUGACACACAAUUUAUUAAAUAUACGUCGAAUGAUCGAAGUUGAACCAAAAGAAAAAAAAAAGAAUAAAAUAAAUGAACAAGAAAAAAGAAGGUAAGAAAAGAAAUAAAGAGAACAAAAAUAUAAAUUAAAUGCUUUUAAAAUUAUGUUCGAGGCAACAGUGGAAAAUCGUUAUCACAUAUCUUAAUAAUUUAACAUUUGGCUUCCAUUGUGCUUCUAAUUCUUUAAUCAGUAUUCCAAAAGUCUGGUAUUAAGAAGCUCACAUUUACCUUCGAGCAUAACCAUUAGCAUGAAUUAAUCGAUCGGAUUAUAUUGAAAAGCACAUAGUGAAGAAACAAUUUUAUAAUUAGAAAAAUAAAUUCUAAUGACUCGCUUCUGUUAGUGAAAGAAAACGAUAAGAAAGAGAAAAAAAAGGAAAAAAGAAAAAAAGAAAAAAGAAAGAAAGAAAGAAAAAAAAUGUCUAAUUCUAUCCAUGUAGGUAUGUUAGCUUCACCUUUGAAAAAAAUUACUUUAACAGACUAGUAUACUGAAGAUCGACCUAUUAACGUCAUCACCAACAUUAAACACUGCCGAGCCGCACCAUUCAUUCUAUAAUAAUAUCCUUCAAAAUACCAACAUCAUUCGAAAUAAACUAUUAAUAAGUUAACGUACCAACAGUUUGAAGCUAGCAAUAAAUAUUUAAUUUCGUGCCAAUGAAGAAGAAAAAAAAAAAAAAGAAAAAUGGUCGCGGCGUUUGAAAUGUUUCUAAUACGUCUUGUAUAAUAAAACUACAACCUACGCACUUUCAUACGCAUAAAUCAUACGUAACUUAAUAAUAUCGAGUGAGAUAAACGAUUAAGUAUUCUAAUUUCUUAUAAUUAAAUUUUGAAACUUAUUACGUUCGUAUCCAAUUGUUUAUUUUAUAAUAAUAUGUCAUUUAUAUGUUUUUAUUGUAAAUAAUCCUAUGUAAAAUUAGAGAAGAAAUAUAUUUCACAUUUUAUUACUGAACCAUUUAAAAGAAAAACAAAAAAAAAACAAAAAAAAAACAAAAAAAAAACAGAAGAAAAGAAAAAUAAGACGAUAACUUAAUCGUUUAUUGUAACUUUUGCAAAAUAGUAUGCAUGAAUAAUCGAUAAGAGUCGGUAAUGAUAAAUAUGUAUUAUGUGAGUAGAGAAAAGAAACGAAAGGAUUAAUGCUAUAUACAAUGUGUAUGUGUAUGUAUGUGUGUAUAUGUGUGUAUAUAUAUAUAUAUAUGCAUACGUAUACACAUAUUAUACUUACGUAUGUAUGAGAAUGUAAUUAACAUUUCAUUUACAUGACAUUUCGUCAUUUAAAAUGUCAAACAUACCAAUAAUGCAUGAGAACCUUACACGAGUCUGGAAGUAUAUUUUACUGUUUAUAAAGCGCCUUUUUUUUAUUCGAAAAAGAAUGUUUUCAAGAUGACCUUAACGAAAUAUCACGAUAAUAUUAUAAAGAAGGCGUUCGAGAAUACAUUUACACAUAUAAAUGAAAGAUAAACAAUAACAAAAAUGAAAAGAAAAGAUAUGGAAAAUAGAACACAAAUAAUAAUGAAAUCAUGUAUAGCCUAGAUCCUAGUCUGUCAUAGCUUUUACGAUAUUUCCACUUUUCUUACUUUUUUGGAUAAAGCACGGUUCGUUGCGCGUGCGAGGUAUUUUGUAUUAGGUACCUGUAUUCAAUACUAUUUUUUCUCUAUACAGUAUAUCAUAUUGAAAUUAGAACUUACUCGAUUAUCUUGAAUAAUCGAAAAUAUGUAGUAAAAGAAAAAAAAAAAAAAAAAAGAAAAAUAAAAAGAAAAUAAAAAAAAUAAAAAAAAAAGAGAAAGAAAAAAACAAAAGAAAUAGAAAAAGAAAAAGAAAUUUAUAUUUCUUUUCAUCGAGUUUAAUGAUUAUUAAAAUUAUAUAUGAAUCGAGUGGGAUAUAAUUCCGAUAGAGAUAUUCUGUAUAGAUAAAAGAGAAAGGAAAAAAGCUAUGCGCCUUCAACGACUCGUAACAAAAAAAAAAAAAAAAAAACAAAAAAAAAACAAAAAAAAAACAAAAAAAAACAACAAAAAAAGGGAAAAAAUAAGAGAGAAAAAGAAAAAAAAGAGACACACGUUUUAUGAAGUUUUGACAUGAUGAAACUUGAUCGAUCGACGGGAUAUAUUGGAUAAACAAUUUUGAUAAACCGACGAGAUAUUACAAUUUUGUCAGAACUGUAAGUACCUACCAUUAAUCACGCGCGAUUUAUAAGAAACGUAUUGUUCACUAUUUUCUUGCAAAAAAAUUAGAGAAUUUCGGAAACGAUUAAACUGUAGUAAGUACACUUUUCUCUCGAAGUAUAGAUAACAAGAAACAAAAAAAAAAAAAAAAAGAAAAAAAAAGAAGAAGCAAAAAAGGAAAAGGAGGAAAAAAGAAAGGAAGAAAGAAAGAAAAGAAAAAGAAGAUGAGGACGAAGACGGUAAAGAAAAAUGAGAUGAUGACGAUGAUGAUGUUGAUAAUGUUGAUGAAAAUGUGAAAAAUGAAAAGACAGAAUAAAAGGCUUGGCAUUUCCUUAAGGCUGAUAAAAAAAAAUAAUAUUUAACACGGACACGAUGAAAGGCAAAGAGUUAAUUGCAAUUGACGAUAAAUUUCUUAGUAAAAAUGCAAACGCAGACAGAUUAACAUUAGCAGCAGCAAUAAAGUGCACGCAAACGUAGUCGACAAUUAAUAGCAUAAAAUAUUGAACGAUUUAUAAUUCGUAAAGGAUAAGUCUAAAUAAAAUAAAUAUUAAUGCAAUCAAGAUAUAUCAGACGUCAUCCUUUCGACGUGGAAAAAGAAGAAGAAAAAAAAAAAGAAGAAAAAAAUAGGAGAAGAAGAAGAAGAAGAAGAAGAAGAAGAAGAAGAUAUAGAUUUAAAAAAAAAGAGUAGGAGGAGGAGAAGGAAGAUGAAAAAAGAAAAACAAAAAAAGAAAAUGCAUUACAUAAGCAUGAGAUCAUUUCUUUUUUGCGGCGAUACCUCUGCAUAUUCCAUAGAAUAAUAAUUCGCUUCGAUAUUAAAUAUUAUUAAUGAUUAAAGAAACAAAAGAGAAAAAGUUUGCACGUUGCAUUAUCACGCAGCAAAAGCGUAUAAUUAGUUUUCCUUCGAGCAAGAACAUUUAACGAUAUUAUAUACCACGAGAGACCUCGAAGAAGUCUCGUCGUACACGAGAUAUCAAAGAAAUAUUUCAAAUUAAUCCUUCGAGAGAAACGCUGAUACGUGAAAGAGAAAAGGACACAAAAGAGAAAAAAAAAAAAAAGAAAGAAGAGGAACAAAUAAAAAAAAAAAAAAAAAAAAAAAAGAAAAAAAAAGAAUAAUGAAAUCAUUCGGAAUGAACGUUAAGAUAUUAUGAAUUAUGUGUGAUAAUGUAAAGGAGUAAAAAGUUGAAAUGAAAA